AGGACUAUUUCACUGCAGAAAGUCAAAUCCAAAACAGUGAACAGUGGUUGUUUUGCCAUUUCUAAGCUGUCCAUGUUCAUAUCUGUACUCAACCCUGGCUGUGCUCUCCUCUCCAUUCCCUUCAUUUUUGGGCUGUGUGCUCAAGGCCUGCAUUGCUAUUGAGAACUUGUCUAAAGCGAGAAUCUUGUGACAGAGGCUAAUACUGUACUGUUUUUGUAUGACAUGACAAAUGAUUCAAAGCACAAGAAUUAAUUUCUUUACAGCAAGAAACACUGCUGCUGUGGACUGACGAAAGAAUUGAUGCUUUAUCUCCCUAUUCACUUCCUUCUCUUCAUCCUUCUUUAUAUUUAAGCCAGCUGUUCCAUGUUCAAGUCAUGUGGUCUUUUUGGAGAGCAGAGUCUGAUGUGCAUUUUCACCUGUUACUUUAUUCUGGCCACUACAUACAUUCGCUUUUUGCACCUCAGCUUCUCCACCCGACCCGCCAUAAUAUGAUAUUAAAUAUCUGCUGCUUCUGAUUUCCCAUGUUACGUACACGCAUUCCUAAGUUUCCUCUGCCUGAAGAGUAACACUGCAAAUAAAACGUCAAGUAUAAAACUUGAAAUAAAAUUUAUGAAAGGAAAAAUAAUAUUUAAUAUCAGAAAAACUUGUAUAUUGAGUACUGCAUCUAAACACCGCUUCUCAUUUCCAGCGAGGAGCAGCAAAGACGACCACGCGACAAACUGCCGGUCUCGUGACCAUCGCGGUUGGUUUGGGGGGGGUGUCAAAGUACGGUAUUACCAGUGAUGACGUCAUACAAAUGGCGGACGUGGUAAACAGAGCUGAGCGGCGUUUGGUUCGUAGUCACCAAACAUGACAUCCGCCGAGUGCGAACGCAUGGACAGCCUGGAGGGUUGGGUGGCCGUAAAAAGUAACAUCUUCGAAGAGAGCGAGCCGGUCAAGCUCGGCUUUAUCGUACAGUGGAACGCGAUCGAAUGCAAGUUCGCCGUGACUUGUCACAACCGGACCCUCCAACGCCAGAGGCGGAGGCAACAGGGCCCGGCCGACACGCAGUGCAGCUGGGCCGGACUCUUCUCCGUCGGCGACCUGCGGAAUGUCCACCGUCAGCUCACCGGCGUCAGCGACGCGCUGGAGCCAUACUUCCCCGACCUCAGCGACUUCGAGAGGGGCAACAUCUGGGACUUCUUGUUCCCGAGGCGGAGCUCCGGGGCUGACGAGGCCGAAAGGGACGUGGAGACGCCGUGCCGGCAGCUGGAGAAGUACCUGAGCGCGGCCAUCGACGUGUGCGGUCGCAGGAUUGUGCUGGACGCGCUGUUCGCGGAGGACGAGCGCGGCCUCGAGGAGUAUUUCGAGAACCUGCAGGAGUUCCGGCGGAAGGCCAUGGAGGAACAGGUGGCGCGGGCUCGGAGCGCGCUCCGGAAGAUCCUCCAUCAACACAAGGCUGCUGACAAGUUGGUCCUCCUAUUAAAGAUUUAUGAAGAAGAGGAUGAGGCUUACAAAGAAUUAGUUACCGUGGCAACCUUGUUCUACCAGUACCUGCUGCAGCCUUUUCGAGACAUGAGGGAGCUGGCGGUUUUGUAUAAAAUGGAGAUAUUGAAAUCCAUGGAAUUUGAAGAUUUGGGUCCUAAGAGAAUAGAUGCUCUGGAGAAAGAAGCAGAGGACUGGAGAAAAAGGGCGAAGGAUGCAGUAAACUCCAUCCAGGAUAUCACUGUCAACUACUUUGAGGAGACGUCAAGGGCACUGGCAGGGAUGCUUAAACAGAUGGAGGAAGACAGACGGCGGUUUGGCCAGGCCUCUUGGGCUACUGCUGCUCCUAGACUGGAGAAGCUCAAGUUCAUGCUGUCCAAGGAGACCCUGCAACACAUGAGAGCAAAAGAAAUGUGCCUUAACCGCAGGAAGGAAGAGAUCAAAGAGCAGAUGGAGAGCCUUGCUAAUCAACAGGACGCCAUUGUGGUUGUUGAUGAACUGGAGCUGCAGUAUUAUGAAACUCAGCUGGAGUUGUACGACACAAAGUUCGAGAUUCUGAAGAGCGAGGAGCUGCUUCUCGUAGCGCAGAUAGACACGCUGCGGCGGCGAAUGAAAGAGCUGAAGGAGGAGGUAGUGUACUAUGACACCUGCGAGGACCCAGAGGAGCUGCAGAGCAUUAUGGAGGUGGGCCCACUUCGUGACCCCAGCACCCCGGCGGUCAGGACCCUGAACCGUCAGCUGCAGCAGUUGGAGACUAAGAGGGGCGCCAUCUGUUCCAGAAGGGCCUAUCUGCGCAAUAAGAAGGACCAGUGUGUAGAGGCACACGAACAGAAGCAUCGUCAGGCACAGGAGAACAGUGCCCGAUUCAUCCAGCACCAUGGCAUCCAGCUGAAAAGGGAGCGAAAAAGAGAAGAGGAGCAAAGGAGGAAGGAGUGGGUGGACCAGGAACGGGAGAAGACCCUCAGUAGGCUGAGGUCCUUCAGGGAGAAGAGACCAGGCCAAUAUGUACUGAAGACCCCGUCCUCCAAGCCACCCAUCAAAGACUCUCCAACAGCCACCCUCUCUCAGCCCCUGUCCAUUAUUAGCCUUGCUCCCUCCUCUGGCACGCCAACGAACCCCAUCAAAGCCACACCCAAAAAGUCACCCCAGAAGAAAGCUCAGAAGCCAAAAGACAUCCCUGUCCACAUCUUCAUUCCCCCUGGUCCAGGAGGUGCUCCAACAGACCAGCCCUGUGCUCCACCCCCCUCCCCCCCCCCUCCACCCCCUCUCCCCCCUCCACCCCCACCACUCUUGCCCCUCCCUACAUCUCCUAGCCAAGAUCCAGAGACACUGGACACACCAAUGCCUCUCCUCAGUGACAAAGAGGCAUCUCCUUUUCCAACUAAAAACACAUUAAAGCAAAAUAUAGGCUCCAUGGAUGAAGUACUGGCUUCCCUGCAAAGGGGGGAGGUCCAGCUGCGGAGGGUAGAGAUGCAGGCCGGUGUGCCUGGGGAUGCCCGGGAGAGCAUCCUUUCAGCCAUCCGUCUAGGAGUCAAACUGAGGAAGGUGCAGCCGGCGACGGCACCCCUGGCUAGCCAAGGAAGCCAGGUAUCGGACCUGGAACGCAGCAUCAAGGCUGCCAUGCAGAGGAUGAAGAAGGUAUCCUCGGACUCGGACGACGAGGACAGAGGCGACACCCACUCUGGAGAGUGGGACAGCUAAAUGGGCCUUCUACCUGGUGGUGAUGUUGAAUCAAUUAUACAUGCCGCAGAUGUACAGGAAGCUUUUGAGAGCUUGCACAUAUCUUCCAGUUUUUUUAAGCAUUGUGACAUAGUUCUGUUACAAAAAAAUGGAUUACAAUAUACCGUACUUUAAGGGUGCCAUAAAUGGGAGUUGUUAGAUUAUAGCAGGGUCGCAGUCUUGUUUUUAACAUACAUACAUGUUACUGCAAUCAGAUCAGUUCUGUCACAUCUUAGCAUUUGUGUGUUGAUCGCAAGCAAUGAACAGGUUUACAGCUGUGAUGAACGUUUUAUGAUCUUUACCACAUUUUAUCCCCCAGCUGUUCCUAUACAGAUUCCGUGGCACUUAGCAUAAUGGAUUUUUAUUUUUUUGGGGGGGGGGGACAAGCAUGAAAAAUUGUUGCACUGAUUUUGCCUUCUUGGUUUUUCUUUUGUUCAAGAGCUUUAUCUGAUUUUGUUUAUGCAGAUUUAGCAUUAACAUUAACCCAAGAAAAGUGCCUAGAGGGGUGUGUAGCUCAUUUUAGAAAAGUGUUUAGGCUCCUGUUCCCCGCGACCCCAUGUGGGACAAGCGGUUCAGAAAGUGUUCAGAAAGUUUCUUCAACGAUGGACUAUAAAGUGAUUUAGGACAGUAUUUUCUGGGUAUGUGUGUAUGCACAAAUGUUCUGCAGCUGGACAAACAUGUUGAUGGUUGGUAUUUUUAUAUGGAUGCACCUGUGCUGUAUGUAGAGAGACUUGGGUUUGGUUUAAGUUAUUCCAGCAAAAAUGAGACUAUCUACAUUGGCUGGUUGAUUUCCAAAGUGGCUACACAUGCUGUCCUCUGUACUGCCACCUUGUGGCUACAUACCCCAUUGUCACAUUACUGCAGUGGUAUGGGACAUCCUGGCAUCUCACAGCUGCUCUGUGGGUGCAGUACUUGCAUGUUUUAUGUUUCCACCCUGCAGACAUUUACCGAAGGUGGCAGUGGCCUUGAAGAGCACACAUGGUCACUAUUCAGAUUCAACGGAAUGGGAUGACCUUUAGUGCUGAGUAUCUCCAAGAUGCCUGCAUUAAUACUGUUGAUAUGUGAAAAAUCAGAAAAGUAUUGGCAAUAAAGCUUAUGGAAGGCCUUUUUGUUCUAGUUCAAAUACUAGUCAUAAAUACAUUCAUUUUGCUGAUAAUUUUCUCCCAAGCAGCUUAC